GAGGAUGUCGGAGCAAAACGGGCCCAGCGAGGGCCCAGGACCGGGCCCAGGGCCGAGUCCUGGCUGGUGGCCAUCUUCGCAGUCUUGGAAGACGAGCUCAAGCGCAACGACGUCCUCGUCCAGUGGCGGUUCAGCUGCUCCGGACAACUCCGCCUCCGUCUCUGCCUCCUGCACCACCUCUACCUCCUCCUUGGCGACUACCACUUCGGCUACCGUCUCCUCCAGCUGCUGCUCCUCGACUCCUGGAGCCCACUCGUGCACCAUCACCGCGCCGCGUUCCACGGAAGCUGGGAAAAACGUUUCCGUCACCACCAUCAACGUGCCCCCUAAUCAAGACAUACACGAUGGCAAGGGCAUCUGCAAGUACCUCGCUGGCCAAAACGGCGUGACGGUGUCCGUGGUAUCGAGCUGUGGGUCCGUCUUGGGCUGUGGGAAUGCGAACGUCGUCUCCACGACGGGUAUAGGCACCAGCACCGGUUCUCACAGCAUAGGGAUCGGCGUGUUGGGCCACAACGCCGCCACUGACAACGACGCGGAGGACAGCGACGGAGAAAUCAGCAAGAUCGACUUCAGAGGGGUGAAUCUGCGCACGAAGAAGAAGCGAGACAUCUCUGGAAAUGGCGAGAAAAUUGGCGAAGGCGAUGUCGAAGAUGGGAACGGUUGCUACGAGGGGAACGACGCCUCGCAGCAUCAGCCAGAGAGGCCCAUGUCCUGGGAAGGAGAACUCUCCGAUCAAGAAAUGUCUUCCAACACCAUCACGAACCAAGACACGCACGAGGAGACCUCGAUGGAAGGCGUUCAGGUUUGUGGUGCGAGUCCUGGGCCCAUAGAGCACAAGUUCCCCAUAAAACUAGAGCCAGACUUCAGGUCCAGCCCAGGAUUCACGUUAGGUUCCUUCCACGACGCAGGACUGUCUCUGGGCCACGGUCAGCAGAUGCAGCAGCAACAGCAGCACCAGCAACAGCAGCAGCAGCAGCAGCAACAACAACAACAGCAACGGAACAUCGAAAACCUCGAACAGACGCAGCAAAGCGAUCUGCCUCUCCUCGUGGGGAAGCUACUGGGAGGUUACAAUAGCUCUACCCCUAAUCACAGUCCAGUGUUGAACCCAAGACACCAUUUAACCAAGCACAGUCACACGCGAUCGCAGGUGCCCUCUCCAGACUCAGCGAUCCACUCCGCGUACAGCGUAUUCAGUUCGCCAACGCAGAGUCCCCACGCAGCUCGCCACUCCGCUCUGGGAGCAGGAAGCCCGGUCCCCUCUUCAUCUCUGUCCCUCUCCCGCCACAGCUUCAACAACUCGACCUCAUCGUUAUCCUUGUCGCUAUCGCAUUCUCUCUCGAGGAACAACUCUGACGCCUCGAGCAGCUGCUACAGCUACGGUUCCCUCAGUCCCCCCACGCAUUCACCCGUCCAACAGCCGCGACAUCCUCAGCAUCACCACCAGCACCAGGUAGCCCAAGGAAGUCCUCUUCAUCUACCAGCGACAGCCUCUGCCGCAGUUCCCCAUCAUUACUCUCCCUCCGCGCCUGGUUCGGAGCUCUCCCCCGAGGGACACCCCGCCGACGACCAGGAGGACUGUCGAAUACCCUCUGCUCCCUCUGGUAUCUCUACCAGGCAGCAACUGAUCAACAGUCCCUGUCCAAUCUGCGGAGACAAGAUCAGUGGGUUCCAUUACGGGAUCUUCUCGUGCGAGUCUUGCAAGGGAUUCUUCAAACGCACCGUCCAAAAUAGGAAGAACUAUGUGUGCCUUAGAGGCGCGGGUUGUCCCGUCACCGUCGCCACCAGGAAAAAGUGUCCUGCCUGUCGCUUCGACAAGUGCCUCAACAUGGGUAUGAAGCUGGAGGCAAUCAGAGAGGACCGUACCAGAGGCGGAAGAAGUACCUACCAAUGUACUUACACUCUCCCAGCGAGUCUGGUCGGCAGCCCUGCCUGUGGAAUGACUAGCGACAAGCUAGCAGCGGGAGGAAACUGCAGUCCAGCCCCUGCUGGUAGCGAGCAUCACUACUCGGUUAGGCAUCACUCGAAUCACUCGCACAAGAUGCAAGUGGUGCCUCAACUUCUGCAGGAUAUCAUGGACGUGGAGCACUUGUGGCACUACAACGAUAACGAUCGCAUGUCUGGGAUACAAGCUGGAGGAACGAACGUCGCCAAAAGUAACGACGCCAUGUUACUGGAUACCAGUUCUACUGGUAACGAGGUUGGCUCGGUCGAGUGUUCCUCCAAUGGCACCACAGCCAACGGAAAUCUCAGCAACAGGAGAGAUGGCAGGUCUUGCUCUACUAUUUCUGGCGUUAGCAACGAACAGCAUGGUACACCAGUCAACAGCAGCUCUCAGAUCGGUAACAAUACCAAUGGAAAUCCAACACAGCAUCCAGACUUUCUCUCGAACCUCUGCAACAUCGCUGACCAUCGGCUGUACAAAAUAGUGAAGUGGUGCAAGAGUCUACCGCUAUUUAAAAACAUCUCGAUCGACGAUCAGAUUUGUCUAUUGAUUAAUUCCUGGUGCGAGCUACUGCUCUUCUCGUGCUGCUUUCGCAGUAUGAGCACUCCCGGUGAAAUCAGAGUGUCUCUCGGUAAGUCGAUUACCUUGGAACAGGCUAGGCAACUUGGCUUAGCGACGUGCAUCGAGAGAAUGCUAGCGUUUACUAACAAUCUGAGAAGGCUCAGAGUGGACCAGUAUGAAUAUGUAGCGAUGAAGGUAAUAGUGCUGUUGACCUCCGACACGAGCGAGCUGAAGGAACCUGAGAAAGUCAGAGCUUCCCAGGAGAAAGCUCUGCAAGCACUGCAACAGUACACCAUAGCAAGGUACCCCGAGAUGCCAGCCAAGUUUGGCGAAUUGCUAUUGAGAAUUCCAGAUUUGCAAAGAACGUGCCAGGCAGGAAAGGAAUUGUUGAGCGCGAAACGCGCGGAAGGAGAAGGCAGCUCGUUUAAUUUGUUAAUGGAAUUGUUGAGGGGAGAUCAUUGAAUUAUCGCGACAGUUGAUUAUGCCAUUCCAUGCUUAUAGGGUCCAUAAGCUUAAGGAAUCGGAUAUGUUAGAGACUCGAGAAGUGAACAAAUUAGAGAGAAACUAUAAACAUUAUAGUCCAUCGUUCGUUCUAGGUGAAGGGACUACAUUCUUAUAGAACUAAUUAGGGGUGGACUACUUUACGUGUAAAGCGUAUGAGAAAUGUUUUUCUUUUUCUAUUUUUUUUUUUUCCAAUUAAGAUCCUUCCACGCACGAAUUUCAGAGCAGCCUAUGGUAUGCUCCAAACGUUCAGCAUAGACGUUUCUAUGCAAAAGAGACUGAAAGUAUAAUCGAAGGAGAGAUGCAGAGCAUUUACUUUUACAAUAAUGUACAGAGUUCGAUAGGGAAGGACGGAGGGAGGGAGGGAGGGCAGAGAGAGAGAGAGAGAGAGAGAGAGAGAGAGAGAGAGAGAGAGAGAGAGAGAGAGAGAGAGAGAGAGAGAGAGAAGAGCGAAAGGGAGAGAGAGAGAGAGUGAUAAAAAUCGGUAGCGAGUAGCAUGACAAUGCUGAAUUUUAUAUUAGAUAAGAUUCGACCCGUUCGAGUGAACGACGAAUGCAGAGUUUUACCCUUAACGAUUAAUAUAAUGAUAAAACAACCAGUAUUUUGUAUUGUUCUGCGCUUACUUAAGAAUAAGACAAUGUUGUCUUAUAUCCCGGUAAUGAAAGUGUACUUAACAUAUGAGUCGACCAAUUGUUUACUUAUAGAGCAGAUAAUCACGUAAUAAUUGUUAGUUGAUAACGUCUAGCUAGCAUAUUGUCAACGGAACAUUAUGAUUUCUAUUACACAAGUACAGUUUUCUUUUUAUGCUCUGCACGUUUUAACGCGCCAACGACGGAUGAAAGAUACUUUAUGUCGUAAAUUUUUGUUAAACGAAGAGUCCUGGCGACGGCAUUUUUUGUAAAUAAAUUUUAUUUGAAAAUAUUCGCUUUUAAACGAGCUUCGAGGGAGCUUUUCGAGACUCCUCGACGAAACUGUUUUAUAUUUGUUGUAAAAUUUCGUUUAUUCUAUGUUUUAAAAUGUAAGGCGGGUUUUAAUUCGGUUUUAUAGUAAGUUUACGUAAAAAGUCCGUAUUCUUAGUUGUAAUAAAAUUAGGAUGUUAGAACCGGUGAUCAGAAAUUUGUUCUACAAACAAAUGUAACAAGUGUUCGACAGGCACAAAGAAAAAGUACUGCGCUUUAGUUGUAUGCUGGUGCAAUCUCUAAAUUCGAAUUAACGGUAAUAAUAAUUAAUCGAGAAUAAAUUUUAUAGCGCGGGAGCUGGAGUCUCCUGUUUAGAAGUAAGAAUUACUCAUCUCUGUCGUUGGUACUUUAAUGAGACUGUCUAUAUCAACGCAUUAUUCUCUUUAUUAAAGCAACAAGCAACGUCAUUUUUUUAUUCGUUGGUAAGAAUGUUACAACACGCAAUACUUAAUCUGUAACGUAACUUCUAAGAAUUGUCUUCCCAGUUUUAUACCAAGUUUCUUUAUAGAAAAGUUGUACAUCGUCCUUUUAUCGUACACAGAGCGAAGACUAUAGAAAAGAAAAAAUAAUUCUAUGCUACUCAAUUAUAUGAGACGAUUUCCAUUUACAGUAGGCAGGUUAAAUCUUAUCGAAUAGUUUUGCACCAAGUAUUUAAAGAAUAAACUGAAUCAAAUAUAACGUCCAAUCAUAAACAUAAUUUUUUAUAUAAUUGAGCUUAUUUCACUGUUUAAUACAUUGUAAUCUAAUGCAAAUCCUGAAAAGAAUCGUUUUGGUAUUGCCAUUAUAAUUAUUUAACAAGGAAACAAAGAGUAUAUUAUGUUGAAAAAUAGAUGAGAUUUUAUGAUGAAACAAAACGUAGGGUGCACUAGUAAAACGAAAAUUCGUAGAAGCGAUCCGUGGGAAAUUUUUCUGUUCAAAGAAGUAUUACUAGCAUGAUAAUUAGUCGAGUAUUAUGAAAACUAAAAUAUUUGUGCCUUGAAUAAAAUUUAGUACUUUAACCCUUUCACGAAACCCUCUCGUAAAAUUUGUGAUGCAACGUAGAAGCAAAGAGGUCUAAAUAAAGGAAACGAGUAGAAGUUAAUGUAAAUAUUUUAUAUAGAGUUAAUAAUCGACAGUCUGAUUAAGAUUAAUGAUUAAAGGAAACUUGCGAAGAUUGACAAAAAUAAGCUAACAGCGUGGACAGUGAAAGUUGGAACAAAUCUUAGUUAAUAUUAGAGGGAACAUAAGCUGAUAGGAGUAUUUUUGUAGAUGAUAAAGUAGACACGAAGGUUUAUUCCUUCUUUUGUAUAGUGAUAUAGUGAUAUUGUACUUCUUUACAAGAACUUACCCUUCGAGCAGUAUAUUUUUUAAAUGUACAAUCUCUAUGGCAAUGUCAUUGUCACUGGUUAACCCAUUGACUGCAGGACGAUUUUUGCUGAAAAUUGUAAGAGUGUGAAUUAAAAAAAAAUAUCAGUUUAUAAGGAAUGAAAAGACGGAACUUUUUUAUAUUUACAGUUUAUUCAUACGACGUAUAGUUUCAAAGAUAGAAAAUUGAAAACUUGAAACUUUUCCUGAAAUUCAAUUUUUGCAACGAACUUCUAACUUUUCAAUUUUUAUUUUCAAAACUAAGCAUCCCAUUAAAAAUUAUUUUCAAUACUAAGCAUGCUUAUUUAAAAAUUCAUGUAAUAUAAACAUUUAUAAACAUUUCUUUGAGCCUAUUUCUCAAAGACCAUAAGGCUCAAAGGUAUAUACGCCCAUCGUAGUCAAAGGGUUAAUAAUUGAAACAGAUUUUCACAUGAAAUAGAAGUUUUCCAUUGAUUCCACCCUCCGAAUAAUUAUCAGAUUACGUUCUCCUUGAAGCUAAAUAAGGUUUGUUCGAGAUAUUUUUGUCCAACAUCAACGAUAAAUGAAUCAGUAAAGUGGACUUUUUUUGGCGAAUAAGAAGACCAACAAAGCUCUUUUUAUCUUAUGUUAAACUCGAAUAAAAAUCGAAUGAUAGCGAUUCAUAAUUGAAACAUUUGUAGGGAAGGUAUCGCCUUUGCUUUUAAUUAGUGCCGUGUUUAUUAUACUUUAAUCUUAGUUGUACGCGGAAACUAAGCAAAUUUAAAUUAAGAAUUUGGACGGUACCGAUUAAAAGUUAAGGAAAUACGAGGUAAAUAACAUUGUACAUACAAAAAAGAAGAAUAUUUUGUUGUGAUGAGUGCAUGGAAAAUAGAUAAGAAAGAUAGAGGCAGAGCAUCCAGUUGAUCGAAUGAGAGAGAGAGAGAGAGAGAGAGAGAGAGAGAGAGAGAGAGAGAGAAAAUGACAGUAUGUAAUACCGAUUAAAACGGAAGAGCAAGAAAUAAAUCUACGAACAAAUCGAUAUUCUCCUUAUCGAAAUAUAGCUAAUUUACGUUUCAUAAAAAGAGGGAAUAUUUAAUUCGAUUAACAAUUUUAUUCCAUGCUCGCAUAACUGUAAUCGUGACACGAGUUCUGUUUAAGGAUAAUAUUCUGAAAAAUUCUGAUAAAGAUAAUAUGCAUAGUCUUCCGUUUUCAAGAAUAUGGUCUUCAUACGUAAACUCUUUAAUGUUUAAUGGUAUAAUAACCGAGUAAAAGAAUUAUCAAGAUUUUUUCGCCAAUCAUGACAAUAUUUGGAUGAUGCUGUGGAAUCUAUAAUAUAUAUUAAUCAAAGAGCUUGAAUACAACAAAUUGUAACAAUUAA